UGUAUACACAUAGGUACAUGACGUAGGUAAAAUACCAACCCACUCUCUCUGGACAGCUCUAUACAGCAGCACGCAAAACAUGCUAGUACAUACUAGUACAUAUGAUGAUUCCAGAGCUUUGAGAGAAUGGUCCUGAGAUUAGUGGAAUUCUAAAACAAUACCCUUGUGUAGGAGGAAAUUAGUGGAGACACUGUUCACUGACAGAUUGUGUGAGGAGUUAAUAUGGAUCACAUGUCUUGUUUGACAUAAUUACUGUGUUAGGACUGUCACAUUGACGUACACUCCAGGCUUACUCCCCAGAUUCAUGGAUUACAUACAAACUUCUGUUUAUUCUUAAAUUGGAGAAAAAUGAAGUGGAUCAACAAAUUAUUGAUUUUUUCUCCCUGUUUUUUGUGAUGGAAACUGAAGACGCUGUAAUCAUUUGUAGCAAUAGAUUCAGCAUUUAUGGAGCCUCUCCUUUGCUGAAAUGUGAAAACAUUUGAUUAUUAGUGUUAUCUAGGUUUCUUUAGCCAAAUUCUUCCCUGAAAUACAAUGGCUUUAUGUAAAGAAAUUUGUUCAGAUACACCCAGGAUGAUAAUGUACUGGGUACAACAGUACAUAUGUCUUACAACACUCAAACAUCAGAACUGACGUUCCUAGGUAAAGUCUUUACCUGCGACACGCCAAACAAACAACAUGUCUGCCCAGGAAGUGUUUGAGAAGAAGAUUGAAAAGGGGAUGACGUCCUGUUAUCGUCCUCGGCCAGUCACCACCGAGAAACCAACUGAUGGAAGUAUGCACUUUACCAUCAUGAAACAUCCAAAGGAAGCAUUGGAUGUGAUGAGUACUUUACGGCGUUUAACAAAACUGUGUGAUGUGACGUUACUUGUAGGCGAGGAAAAGUUCCUUGCACACAAAAUUGUACUAGCUGCAGCUAGUCCCUAUUUCCGUGCAAUGUUUACUGGUGGUAUGCGGGAGGAGGAGAUGUCCACCAUCCCACUACAUGGAAUCUCUCCAUGUACUCUAAGCGUUCUUAUAGACUUUGCUUACACAGCAGAGGUUCGUGUUAAUGAAAUGAAUGUGUGUUACUUAUUGCCUGCAGCAACCAUGUUCCAGAUGAAUCAUAUAGUUGAAGCUUGUAGUGUGUUCCUGGAGCAUCAACUUGACUGUAGUAACUGUAUUGGUAUCUCUGACUUUGCCAGUGAACAUGGCUGUCUGGAGCUGGAAACCAAAGCUAGAGAAUUUAUUUACAGAAACUUUUCAGAGGUGAUAAAAUGUGAUGAGUUUCUUAUGUUAAAUCCGUGUCAGCUUAUCAACCUGAUUAAGCAUGAUGAGCUGAACAUUAAUUGUGAGUCUGAAAUUUUCAAUGCUGUGAUACGAUGGGUGCAACAUGAUGCAGAGAAGAGGCUGUGUAAAUUAGAAGGACUGUUGUAUGCCGUCAGGUGCCAUUUUCUGUCCCCUCACUUCCUGGAAAAACAAUUAACAUCAUGUAACAUUUUAAAGAAAAUACCGCAGUGCCAGGAAUAUUUGUCAAAGAUCUUCCAGGGUUUGAAGCUUCACCAGAGUUGUCCAGAGAAACCCAGAAAACCUUGUUCUCCGUUAGUAGUGUUUACAGCCGGGGGAUACCUCAGACAAUCUCUAAGUAAUUUUGAAUGCUAUAACCCAUGUACAAAACAGUGGACUCGUUUGCCAGACCUUCCCACACCGAGGAGUGGGUUGUGUGCUUGUCUUGUGAAAGGAUCUUUUUAUGCUGUAGGGGGUAGGAACAAUUCUCCAGAUGGAAACAUGGACUCAAAUUCAAUGGAUGUGUUUGAUCCCAUUAGAAACAUGUGGUUUUCCAAGUGUCCGAUGGCAGUACCUCGGAAUCGUGUGGGAGUGGGUGUAAUUGACAACAUGAUUUACGCAGUUGGUGGAUCACAAGGACAACAGCAUCAUAGCACUGUGGAAAGGUAUGACCCAGAUCAUGAUAGAUGGACAAUGGUAGCUUCGAUGGGAUCUAAACGGAUCGGCGUAGGAGUGGCUGUCGUCAACAGGCUCAUGUAUGCUGUAGGUGGCUACGAUGGUUCAAAUCGAUUGCGGAGCAUGGAAUGUUACGACCCUGAAAAAGACGAGUGGAAAUUUGUGGCGGCUAUGAACACAACACGUAGCGGUGCUGGUAUAAUCGGAAUGGACUGCCAUGUAUAUGCUGUUGGGGGAUAUGACAGCAACUGCCAACUAAAGACAGUAGAACGCUACUGUACAAUGUCCAACAAAUGGGAAUUUGUAGCCAACAUGAGGAGUCCUCGGAGUGCUCUCAGUGUGGCCGUCCUAGGAGGAAAACUAUAUGCCCUAGGAGGAUAUGAUGGUAAUGAUUUCCUGUCAUCGGUAGAGUGUUAUGAUCCAGACAAAAAUGAAUGGACAGAAGUAACGAACAUGACAUGUGGCCGAAGUGGUCACGGUGUGGCAGUUGGUGCAGAGCCUUGUCGCAGCUGACAUCACUAAUAUUCUCUCAUCUCAUCGGACUAUUUCAAUACAGAUGAAGAACUGGUUACAAGGAUUUAGAUCUCUGCUGUGAUAAUAGUUUGGACCAGCAGUGUGACUCUGGUUCAGGGAGCAUACUCAUCUUAGUUCUUGUUCCCAUUCACAAUCAAAACUUAACCACUUCAUGGAUUGCCCAACAACAAUCAAAUUGUUUGGAAACAAAAUUAGAAUCUCCUACAAGAUAUUGUGUUACCCUAUAUGUACAGAUGAGUUACCGACCGUGUAAAUGCCUUUUGUACAUGAAAUAAUCGAUUUACAGAUUUGGAGACAUCGAUCAGAAAUUUUGUAGUUUCAAAGCUAUAAUUCCAGUAUUUAUUUGCUUUAAGUUAAACUCUAAAUUAAAAAUGUAAUUGCAUACAAUAUGAUAUACUAAUUUAAGGGUUAUUGUGUUUAAUUAUCCAUUUCUUGCCUUGUAUAGAAGCAAACAAAAUGAAAAUCGAUAUGAAAUAUGUUUACAUCAGCAUUCCUACAUAUUAUUGCUGGUAAACCCAUUUAAAGUGUCUAGGUCCUGGUUCAGCAUUCCCACAUAUUAUUGCUGGUAAACCCAUUUAAAGUGUCUAGGUCCUGGUUCAGCAUUCCUUGAUUUAGGAAAGGGUUAAUGGUAAUAAAUCUUAACUGAGUAAAGUCUAUUAUACUUUCCUAUUGAAAAAGGAAUAUUGAUGAAACUGGAAGAGUCACUGGAAUACCCAGUAGACCGAUUUAUGAAAUAUCUGGAGUUUUUUUUUUUAUGAAAAUUAAAAGUAUUGUAGAGAAAAUGAUCUAAACUUUAACAGACCAUUUGGUUUUGUGCAAAUAGUAUAAAAAUACAAAAUAAUUGAAUACUAAACUUUAAUGUUCUGUCCAGAUGAACAUUUUUUUGCUCCAAUGUUUAGCAAUUCCGCUAACCAAGCAGAAUGAAAGAAAGCUAGUUAAGCCUAGUAAAAAUAUAUACGUGAGAGAAGGAACACAUCGAGAAAUCUUGCUCAUCUCAAAUUUGUUUUGAGAAAACUAUGAACUGUUCAAUAUGAUUACAAAUGUUUGAUUACAUAAGUCUUUCAGUCUCAGUGUAAAUAUGCCAUUGAUCAAUACCUCUGUUAUUUAUUGUUUUGUCCUCAGUAUGGUUGUUGUCAUACUGAUUGUUGUUAUACUAGCUGUUGUCAUACUGGCUGUUGUCAUACUGGCUGUUGUCAUACUGACCAUUGUCAUAUUGACCGUUGUCAUACUGGCCGCUGUCACUGACCAUUGUCAUACUGGCUGUUGUCAUAUUGACCAUUGUCAUACUGACUGUUGUCAUACUGACCGUUGUCAUACUGACCAUUGUCAUACUGACCAUUGUCAUACUGGCUGUUGUCAUACUGGCCAUUGUCAUACUGACCGUUGUCAUACUGGCUGUUGUCAUGCUGACCAUUGUCAUACUGGCCGCUGUCAUACUGACCGUUGUCAUGCUGACCGUUGUCAUACUGACCAUUAUGCAUUACUCCCAUGUAAUUUCGCAUAAAUCAUAAACGUUGUGUACUAUGCAUAUUACCUGAAUUCAUAUAUACAUCUUGUUUUUGUGAAAAAAGUACAAACACUUUUUUUUCUGUUGAUAAUUCUAAAUUAUUUCUCCCAGAAAUCAUUUCAAGUUUGAUGAAAAUAAUAGUCUGAUGAAAGAAAUGAUUGUUUAAUAUGGAACUAUUAGAAGGAUAAAGAAAUCCAAUAAUGAAUGCAUACAAGGUAUCCAAUGUAUAGUAACAUGGUUUUAGUAAUAAUAAUUCUGAAUAAUGGUGUAUUACCAUUAAAUGUUUGUGUUCAGAGUGUUUUCCCUUGAAUUCUUACCUAGACUUGCACAAGCCCUUUUUCAAGUGUCCAAUGGUUUAUCAUACUAUAUUUCAUUGUGGCAUAUAUGUCAAUUAAUAAAAGUUAUAAAAUAAACUGACAUUUCUACUGCUACAGAUUAUUGAUAUCUUCAGAAUAAAUGACAUCUGUGGUGAAGGUGAAAUGAAUAUGAGAGAAAUUUGAAGUAUGUUGAUUUGGGGACAACAGUUUAUAUAAAAUUAUAACUUGAGCAAGUCUCAUGUCACAAAAUACAUGCUGUGAACAAUCAUCAUUUUUGUAAUUAUUAGUAAAAUGUCAUUCAAAUCAAAUGUAAAUUGCACAUUCCAGCUAUUCACUGUACAAUUUGCCUGUUGUGUCAACAUUAUUGAAUGUCGAAUUCCUGAUGUAAGUACAUGUAGUAAGAUUUUGAGAUACAACAGAAGAGAACUUGUCAAGAAAAUAGCUGAAUUAUCCCAUGAAUAUUGUUCUUAGUAAAAAGUUGAACUUGUCUCCAUUUUGAUAAGGUAAAUCUAUAGAUGAACAGAAAACAUUGUUGAAUUUGUACGUGCCAGUGUAUUGUGGUUUUGUAUCGGUUGUGUAUGUUGUGUGUAGAUACCUGUACCUAGUACAGGUACUAAUCAGGUGCUUAUUCCUCGUUACUGUUUGGUCCCGGUGAUUAUCAGACAACAUUGAGGACCUGGGAGUCCCACUCAGUAUUGAACUUGUGGUACAAGUGUUAUGAUUUUAUGAUUUUACUAUGUACAACUUAAUGUAAAAUUAAAAUAAUCAAAAGAUA